UUUUUUUCACACCCAAAAAAAAAAAAAAACCCGUGCAUGCGUCUGCUUAAUUCCUGUAACAUUUUGGUGAGAGGAGAUAAAACCGCGCAGCACCAAGCAUGCUUUCGAUUUGAGUUGAGAAUAAAAGCCGAGCUGCAUGGUAGUCUACAUUCAUACACACCCCUGCUCCUGACCACAGCAACACGUCUGGUUUCUGUUUACUGAAAUUCCGGCCAGACAAAGCAACAUGUCUCAGGACUGUUUCAUCUGUCGCUCAUUAUCUGUUGUGAUUGUACUGUUCAUCGUUUUGAGUGCCAGUGCAUACAAAGAUGAUCCUAUUUCAAAAUGUCUUCAAGACAAUGACUAUGAUGAACUUAUUAAGAUAGUCAACCAAGGCCUUCCUCCAUCAAAGACCCCGCGUCGUGUGGCCAUCAUUGGUGCGGGCAUUGCUGGACUUACUGCAGCUAAGUUACUAGAGGAUGCUGGACAUAAGGUUACAAUCAUAGAAGCAAGUGAUCAAAUCGGUGGAAGAAUUGAGACAUACAGGGAUAAAGUGGAGGGCUGGUAUGCAGAAUUCGGUGCCAUGAGGAUCCCGAGUUUCCACUGGAUUCUCAGGAAUUUCACAUCAAAGCUGGGUCUGAAACUGAACAAAUUUACUGAAGAAGACAUAAACACUUACUAUUACAUCAAUGGCUUCCUUCACAAAACCUACAAAGUGAAGGAGAAUCCUGAUGUGCUAAACUACCCCUUAAGGGACGAGGAGAAAGGAAAAUCGGCCAGUGAACUCUUUGACCAAUCUUUGUGGAAGAUAAGAGAGUAUUUGAAGUCAACUAACUGCAGUGCAAUGAUAAGCAAGUAUGAUUCAUACUCUCUUAAGGAGUAUUUGGUGAGAGAUGUUAACUUGAGUGCUGGAGCCUUGCGCAUGAUUGGAGACAUCCUUAAUGAGAACAGCUUCUACUACAUUUCUCUAAUGGAGAGUCUCUACUUGCAGGCUGAUGUAAAUGAUGACACAACAUAUUCUGAGAUCACGGGUGGCUUUUAUAAGUUACCCAAUAGGUUUUAUGAAAUCCUCAAUGCCACAAUCCUUCUCAACUCAAAAGUCAAAGGCAUCAGUCAGACAGAAAGCCACGUGACCGUGUUUUAUGAAGAACGCCGCAACUCAUCGAUUCUGACCCAGCAAACGUUUGACUACGCCUUGGUGACGGCUACGGCCAAAGCCACUCUCUUCAUCAAGUUCCAGCCUCCACUGUCACCCUUGAAGCUGGAGGCCCUACGCUCAGUGCACUACUCUAGCUCCACCAAGGUUGUGCUGAGCUUUAGCCGCAGGUUCUGGGAGGACGAAAGCAUUUGGGGUGGCAGAAGCAUUACGGAUUUGCCCUCACGCUUCAUCUACUACCCCAGCCAUAGCUUCUCUGGGAAAGGAGGAGCCCUCCUGGCCUCCUACACUGUCUCAGACGACUCCAUGCUCUUCCAAGGAAUGUCGGAUGACGAGCUGAAGUCAGUGGUGCUGAACGACUUGAUGAAGAUCCACGGAGAGUACAUCCAGGAUCUCUACACUGGAGGUGUUGUGAAGAAGUGGGGGUUGGAUCCAUACAGCCUUGGAGCCUUUGCUAUCUUCACCCCCUACCAGCAAACUCAAUAUGCUAAAUAUCUGGCAAUGAAUGAGAGUAGGAUUUAUUUUGCCGGGGAACAUACGGACAUGCCUCAUGGCUGGAUUGAGACGUCUAUGAAAUCUGCUCUCAAAGCAGCUAGGGACAUAAACAAUGCUGUAUGAGAAGAAACUGAGCAAACAAGAAUUUUUUUCAUGAUUUGCCCUCAUUCGUACAUCCGUUCCGUUCAUCAGACCUCAUUAAUCAUGCCAUAUAGAUCAUGUAUUUGUCCAGUUCUUGAGGCCUCUGGCAUUAGUUUUUAUUCUGUUUAGAUAUUGAAAACAUAAAACCUGAUGUAAACAAUAUUUCUAUGUUUUCUACAAUAUGUGUAAUCAAUAUUUCUACAAUGGAUUGCUCUACGCUGCUAAAUUUUGCUGCAACUGACUAUGUUAAAAAAUUUUCCACAAAAUUUUUAACAAUAAAUACACAACCAGAA